UCAACACUCACAAAAUCAACACUCACAAAAUCAACACUCACAAAGUCAACACAGCUCACAAUAACAAAAUGAAAGUACUCUACACAGGAAAGUUUGUCUCUGACAAUGCCACUGGUGCAACUGCCGCUGCAUUCUUCUCAGUUGUGAAGAAUUGGGGUCCAUCAAAGAAAGACCAACUUGACCAAGCUAUUCCUAAGUUGCUCGAAGCCAAUCCUAUCCUGACUUCUCAUCUUGAGUCUAGAAAGGGUGAAUCUGGAGUCGAGGUUGUGGCUGUCUUCAAUACCUAUGGAGCCAAGGAUCUACUUCGCUACAUUGAGAGACCCAGUUCAGCAGUUCCUUCAACUCCUAUUGAAGACAUGAAACCAAAUGAACUUCUUGCCCAUGUUGAAAGCCAUGCCAUUCCCCACUUUCCAGCCCAUGUCAGUGUUUCCACCAGGCUUGGCACUGAAGAAAUCCGGGAGAGAACUCCAGUUUUUGAGGUCCAUGUAAUGGACUUGUCAAGCAAUCAUGCAUGCAUUGCAGUGGUGAUGAGCCAUGUUGUUGGAGAUGGAGCAGUCUAUUUCCAGGUUAUGGAACAGCUGAAUGCCGCCAUGAAGGGUCCGAUUGAAACAAAGAUUAACUGGGAUGGCUAUGACAAGCUCCCAGAGGUUCUUUCACACAUUAUCCCACACCCAGUGACUCUGCUGGGAUACAUGCUGGGUGUCCGUGCCUUCAAACAAACGCAUGGAAAGAGUGCCCCUGACUCAGAAAUUCUGCUUCUUAGCAAGGACAAAGUCAACAAGAAGAAGAAGGAAUUGGUAGAUGCCAAUACCAAGUUCCUAUCUGGCAAUGAUGUUGUCGUUGCUGCCCUCUCAGAGGCUAUGAUUGACCACGCCACAUUGCAGAUGCAAUAUGCUAAUCUGCGAGUCAGGGUUGACAAUCUCGAAUCGAAUGAUGCAGGGAACUUUAUCCCAACUGAUAUUAUUGAUGCAAGGUUGGCAUCAGGUAAUCCCAAUGUUGUUAGAAAGGUCUCAUCCAAGGGUAAGAGUAACAUUUCUCCAUGGAGGACCUUCAUGCCAUUGGCUUCGGGCAAGUUCAACAGAAACACAAACUUGACCAAGGUUUCUGUUGGGCAGUUUGAUGAUUGUGUUGCUUAUUUGCCAUCAGCGGCACUGGCAACCAAAAAGCCUUUCUACUUCACAGCCGUCUUUGAAUAUGACUCUGAAACUUUGGGUGUAAUGACAAAUUGUCCAAUGAAGCAAGCGCCAUUGCUGCAGUCCAUUCUUUUGGAUUAGAUUUGCACUUGCUUGCCAUCAACCAAUCAUGUGGGUGUACGCCACAGCUGAAAGCAAGAGUCGACGAAAUUAAUUGAAUUAUGCACGAUUACAAUAUAUACAAUGAGUUACAUUUUACUAAAAGGUUUAAUUUCUACAAAAGCCUGAGUCCCUCGCCUACUUUUAAUACAAAAGCCAGCUCCUCCUCUGCUGCUACUACGAGCUAGCAGCUAGCCAGCUGUUUGUAGUUAGCUAUGCAUAGUACUCGU